AUGAAAGUUUUUCGUAUUAUAUACUAUUCAUUAUAUCAUCGACGACGUCGAAAAUAUUAUUUAUUUUUACUUUUGUUCAUUAUUUUAAUAGUAUUUCCGUACACAUUUUAUUGGUGCUUUGAAAUAUAUGCUUAUAAUAGUGAUAUUAAAAUAUUUAAAAAAGACGUAGUAGAAAAAUUCCGCCAUGAAACACAAAACGAUGAUCUUGAAAGAGUUCAUCCGAUCCUUGCAAAAUAUAUUCAAAGUCCAUAUAAUAUAAAUGUAUGGAGUAUGAUUAGAGAAGCUAAUAGAAAAUAUGAAAGAAAUAAAAGUACAUAUCUUGUGUAUUCUUGUCCAUUUAUGUGUGGAGGCUGGGGAGAUCGAACUCGUAAAAUUGUUGCAGCUUUUUUACUUUCACUUGCUUUGAAUCGUACAUUUAUUAUUGAUAUGACAUGGCCAUGUUCAAUUGAACAUAUAUUAACUUCAAAUUUUAUUUCAUGGUCAAAAUCAUCACAUGAUCAUAUGAGAAAUAUUUCAUCGUCAAUUAAUAUUACUUCAUUAUCUUUUAACAAUUAUAAGAUAUUAAAAUCUUAUCAUGAAGAAUAUUCUGUUCUUUAUAUUCAAACAAAUAAUAUUGCAUAUUUUGAUUUAGUAGCUCGCUACCCAGAAUUAUAUAAAUCAUUAUUUAAUCGAUUUCGACUGAAACAAGAACAUAUUCAUAUUAUUACAUUAUAUCCUCUGUUUUAUGAAUUGCUUAUUAAAUUAAAACCACAUUUACAAGAAAAAUUUGAUCGACUUAAUUUAAAUAAUUAUCUACAAGAUAUGAACAUAGAUGAUAGUCCACUAUUGUGCGGCCAUUUACGUAUCGGUCGUAAUCCAUCAAAUCCAAAAGAUGUUGUAUUUCCUCAUCGUGAACAUAUGAAUAUAACUGUUUUAACAUUUCUUUUAUCACGUCCUGGUCGUGUAUUUAUUUCUACGGAUUCUGGUGAAGUUCAACAGUUGGCUCGAAAAUUAUUUUCAUCAAAAAUUAAUGAACCUUCACGUUUAAUAGAAAUCAAUGGUACAAUUGCACAUAUCGAUCGUGAUUGGAAUUAUUUAGCUUGUGAAAGUUUAGAAAAAACAAUUCUAGAUUUUCAUGCAUUGAGUUAUUGCCAUUUAGCUGUGAUUUCAAAAAGUUCAUUUGGGCAUUUAGCUGCUAUGCGAAGAAUUAAUCCCUAUGAAGAAUUAUAUCUUUAUUGUGAUGGCAUUAAAAAAAUUAAUAAUGCUGAUGAUUAUAAUAGUUAUAAAUAUUCAACAUGUUAA